UCCAUGUUUACCAUAAUAGAGCCAGAUUACUAUCGUACAUUGUUAUCCCCAUCGAUGUGUAUUUAUGGUACGCGUCAAUACCGCUUUAGUCUCAUCCAAAACAUCACAUACAUGUUGACUGAAAAAAAGCCCUCUGACGCUAAAAUGGUUUCUUCCUGCAAAGUGAAAGUAACGAUUAAAGGACACGUACUUUCCUCAAAAUAACUGCGUCACGUUAUCCUAGCACAGAAAUCAGAGUCGGUAGAGGAGAUCAGACACACCAGUGCAUCUCUGCGAGAACAGAAUGAGUCAAGUACAAAAAACCAAAGGUGGAGAUUUUUCUCCGGGAUGCAGUUCAGUCCAGCAGAAGAGCUCAGAUUCACCAGAACACAGCUGUGUAUCUAUGAAGAGUGACUGGUCUAUGGAUCCUCCUCUACAAAUGAAGAGUGGAGACAGAAAUCAGAGUCACAGUUCAGUCCAGCAGAAGAGCUCAGAUUCAGCAGACCCCAGCUGUGUGUCCAUGAAAAGUGACUGGUCUAUGGAUCCUCCUCUACAAUUGAAGAGUGGCGACCAAAGCCAGAGCCACAGUUUGGAUCAGCAGAAGAGAUCAGAUUCAGCAGAGCCCAGCUGUGUGUCUAUGAAGAGUGACUGGUCUAUGGAUCCUCCUCUACAAAUGAAGAGUGGAGACAGAAGCCAGAGUCACAGAAACCUGCAACCCAGAACAUCUGUAACGGAAACCGUCUGUAAGAAAAUAAAACGUGACGAGUCUGUGAAUCAACCACGGGACUUUGAUGAAAGCAUGAAUCCUGGUGUCAGCCAUGACUCCAAUUCUGAAAUCCUCAACACGUUUAAAUCAAUUCUGAAGAAUAAGUCUGAGUGUCUUUAUGAGGGAACAGCAAAGCUGGGAAACCCAACACUCCUGAAUGAGAUCUACACAGAGCUCUACAUCACAGAGAGUGAGAGUGGAGAGAUCAGUAAUGAGCACGAGGUGAGACAGAUUGAGACACAAUCCAGGAGAGCAGCAACAGAGGACACACCGAUCAAAUGCAGUGACAUCUUUAGACCUUUACCUAGACAAGACAAACCCAUCAGAACUGUGCUGACAAAGGGAGUCGCUGGCAUUGGAAAAACAGUCUCUGUGCAGAAGUUCAUCCUGGACUGGGCUGAAGGGAAAGAGAAUCAGGACGUCCAGCUCAUAUUUCCACUUCCUUUCAGAGAGAUCAAUCUGAUGAAGGACAAAACACUCAGUCUUUCAGAUCUUCUUCAUGAGUUUUUUCCUGAAACAAAAGAAAUGGACAUUUUCAGUGAUGAAUAUGAAGUGAUGUUCAUCUUUGAUGGUCUGGACGAGUGUCGUCUGUCUCUGGAUUUUCAGAGCGAUGUGAGGUUGUGUGAUGUAAGUGAAUCAGUCUCAGUGGACGUGCUGCUGACGAACCUCAUUGUGGGGAAUCUGCUUCCCUCUGCUCUCAUCUGGAUCACCUCCAGACCAGCAGCAGCUGAUCUCGUCCCCUCUGAGUGUGUCCAUCGAGUGACAGAGAUACGAGGCUUCAAUGAGCCACAGAAGGAAGAAUACUUCAGGAAGAGAAUCAGUGAUCAGAGUCUGGCCGAUAGGAUCAUCUCACACCUGAAGUCAUCAAGGAGCCUCUCCAUCAUGUGCCACAUCCCAGUGUUCUGCUGGAUCUCAGCCGCUGUUCUGGAGAAGAUGUUGAGUCGAGCAGAGAGUGGAGAGAUUCCCAAGACUCUCACUCAGAUGUACACACGCUUCUUGAUCCUUCAGACCAACAUCAAACAUGAGAAGGACUAUGAGAAGAACGUGACAGAUGAAGACAUGAUCCUCAAACUGGGAAAACUUGCAUACAAACAACUGGAAAAGGGCAACCUGGUCUUCUAUGAGGAAGACCUGAAAGAGUGUGGCAUUGAUGUGACAGAAGCAUCAGUGUACUCAGGAUUGUGCUCUCAGAUCUUCAGAGAGGAGUUGGGCUUGUAUAAGGAGAAAGUCUUCUGCUUUGUUCAUCUGAGCGUUCAGGAACAUCUAGCAGCUCUAUAUGUGCACCUUUCCUGUACAAAACACAACAGAAAUGUGUUUGAGCCAAUCAGCAAACAGAGUUUGCGGUCUAAAGAUAAAGACAGCUUCCAGCUCAAUUCAUCAGAACAUGUUUCAUUAUCUGCUCUGCAUCAGAGAGCUGUGGAUGAGGCUCUACAGAGUAAAACUGGUCAUCAGGAUCUCUUCCUGCGGUUUCUUCUGGGUCUGUCAGUGAAAACUAAUCAGAGUCUUCUACAAAGACUAAUGAAACAGACAAGAAGCAGCUCUGACAACAAGGAAACAGUUGAGUACAUCAAGAAGAAGAUCAGAAACAUGUGCUCUCCAAAAAAAAUCAUCAAUCUGUUCCACUGUCUGAAUGAACUGGGUGAUCAUUCACUAGUGGAGGAAAUACAACAGUAUCUGAAAUCUGGAACAUUAGCUGAAGCCAAACUCUCCUCUUUGCAGUGGUCAGCUUUACUGUUUGUCUUGUUGACAUCAGAGCAAAUGAUGCAUGUUUUUGAGCUGAAUAAAUUUGUUAGAAGAGAAAAUACUUCAAAUAAAGUUCUUCGGAAGCUACUUCCUGUGAUUAAAGAAUCCACAUCAGCACAUUUGAAAGACUGCAACAUCACAGAUACAAGUUGUGCUGUUUUGGCCUCAGCUCUGAAAUCAAACCCCUCACACCUGAGAGAACUGGAUCUGUCUCAGAAUAAAAUAGGAGACUCUGGAGUGACUGCUCUCUCUGCUGGACUGGAGAAUCCUCACUGCAGAUUAGAGAAACUGGGAUUGAGGGAUUGUGGCAUCACAGCUGAAGGUUGUGCUGCUCUGGCUUCAGCUCUGAGAUCAAACCCUGAACACCUGAGAGAACUGGAUCUGUCUGAGAAUAAUCUAGGAUUACGUAAAUACAGCAACUCUGAUCACAUUCUUCAGAAGUUGGUGCCUGUGAUUAAAGAAUCCAGAAGAUCAAAUUUGUGUAAGUGUGGUGUCACAGAUGAAGGUUGUGCUGCUCUGGCUUCAGUUCUGAGAUCAAACUCCUCACAACUGAGAGAACUGAAUCUGUCUGACAAUGAACUAGGAGAUUCUGGUGUGAUGCGUCUCUCUUCUGGACUCGAGAUUCCUGACUGUAAAUUAGAGAUACUCAGGUUGAGUGGUUGUGGUCUAGCAGAUGAAGGUUGUGCUGCUCUGGCUUCAGCUCUGAGAUCAAACCCUGAACACCUGAGAGAACUGGAUCUGGCUGAGAAUAUACUAGGAGAUUCUGGUGUGAAGUAUCUCUCUUCUGGACUCAAGAAUCCUCACCUUAAACUGGAGAUACUCAGGUUGUAUAAUUGUGGAAUCACAGGUAAAGGUUGUGCUGCUCUGGCUUCAGCUCUGAGAUCAAACACCUCACACCUGAGAGAACUGGAUCUGGCUGACAAUGAGCUAGAAGAUUCUGGUGUGGAGAUACUCUCUACUGGACUCUUGAAUCCUGAGUGUAAAUUGGAGAUACUUAGGUUAAAUAAUUGUAGAUUCACAGAUGAAGGUUGUGAUCAUCUGGCUUCAGUUCUGAGAUCAAACACCUCACACCUGAGAGAACUGGAUCUGUCUGACAAUGACCUAGAAGAUUCUGGUGUGAUGCGUCUCUCUUCUGGACUCAAGAAUCCUGACUGUAAACUGGAGAAACUCGGGUUGAAAUAUUGUGGUAUCUCAACAAAAGGUUGUGCUGCUCUGGGUUCAGCUCUGAGAUCAAACCCCUCACACCUGAGAGAACUGAAUCUGAAUGUGAAAGAACUACGAAAACCAGGACGUGAACUGCUUACUAAUCUAUUGAAGUCUUCACUUUAUAAACUAGAGUCACUGCUGUAAGUAAUGAUAAUUAAAAUAUAUAGUUGUAUGUCUAUAUUUUCAUGAAAAAGGACUGUAACAAGAGUCUUCAAUUCAUCUUCAGUUUAGUCUCUACGCUGUACAUUGUUUAAUUUUGCGCAUUUUAAUGUACAGUAACUGAUGUGAAUACUUCAGUAGAAAAUGCACCAUGAUUUGACCACAGAAAAUCCCAGCUAAUGGGUCUAUUGAUUCAGAAAGAGCUUGUGUUUAAAAUACAGAAACAUGCAAUUGCUCUGUAAGAUGUGUGUUCACUAGGGAUGCAACUAUACAGUUAGCAAAUGGUUCGAUACAUAUCUCGGUUUUUUAACCACGGUUUUCAGUUUUGUUCGGUUAUGGUGGCUUGGCACAUUUUUUGUUAUUCUAUGCUUUGGCGACAGAGGUUGAGGAGAUUUUUUUAUUUUUAUUUUUAUCUUUAAUUCACUUAAAAGCAAAUAUAUAUAUAAAUGACCACUUCCAGAACAAAAAGUGCUUCUUAACCCUGGCAUCUCACAGCUGCUGGGAGCCCAUAUAUAAACUGGGGAACAAAAUAAUUCUAAAAUUUGAAAAAUAAACAUACAUUUAAAUAUAAAUUGACUAUUUUAAUUAAACGUACUUUGGUAAACAUAAAUUAACCAUCUCAAUUUAAUUUUCCUGUACAGUAGCCUUCAUUCAAAAUGUAAAGUGCAACAUCACUCAGGUCAGCUAGCUUAUCUGUUCCUGUAUUUUGAGGAUUUUCUGUAUUAAGAUAAGCCUGUCAAAAUUCUCUCACUUGUAACAGAGGUUCCUGGAACACAGAGGUGCCAGUGUUGAACUUUUGCUUCAUGGGGGAACUUCUGUGGUUUAGCCAAUUUUUCUAUGAUACUGUUGCCUGUCUUUUCAUAAAGGUCGGAAAUUACCUCAGUGCUGAAAAAUGUUUGAGACUGUAGGCUGGAACGCAGAUUGAGUGCUUUCAUAAGGUGGCAAAAGCCCAUAUCCAAUACCUGAAAAAUCACUGGUCCCCACACCACAGAUUUGAAACAGUGGUAACUUUAGUGCAUAGUGAUUGGAUAUUUAUUUGCGGGGAGGCAUUUCCUCAUCUCAGUGCGUAACCUCACAGGUGCAAUCAAACAGAGCCAAUUUGGAGAGAAAUGAAACGCACAGAAAUUAUUUAAAUGCAAAACAAAAAAGGCAAUUCAAGCACGGAAUGACGCGUGAUAAACGUGUGGAUGUCGUGCAGAAUGGUUCAAUAUUAUAAUGAGAAUUGUGGCAACCCUAGUGUUCACAUGCUCACAGAGAAAUCCAGGUGGAUUGUGAACAAGACUUCACAACAAGCUCACUGAAGAUAUCUCUAAUAGAGAUAUUAGCAUAUUGCGGUUAAAUUCAAACAUAGUUAUGAAUUCAUUUUAAAUCUGCUUUUAUUAAUUGUAUGCACAUAAACUGACAAUUCAAAUACUAUAUCACACAUUUCCAAGGUGCUAGCUGAUUAAUAAAGAGAUCUACGAACUUAAAUUGUCCUUGUCCUGUGCAUUAUGCAAACAAUGAGAGGCACAGUAUCUCGUAAUAUAUAUUUUGGUAUAGAUGUGGUGGAACUGUAUAAAAAUCCGUUUAAUUUUUUUUUUUUUUUUAUGUUUUCUGUAUGUCAUAAUAGUGUCUAAAAAAAGAUAAAAGCAAGAUGUCUGUCAUUUGUUUCAACCAUUUUGUCCAUUUGAUAAACACAAUAUACAGUAUGUUUCUGUGUGUGUGAGUUUGUAUGGGAGAGGGAGAGGAACCGGGAGAAAGAGAGUAUGUGAAAAUGUAAUUUUGUGGCAAAAACAUGGAAAUAAUUUAUUUUUCUAUCCUGUUGUGUACUAUGUAUAUGUAUUUGCUUGGCUGGUGUCCUCGUGGCUUUUGAUUCUUUUGCUGUUGUAGGCUGUAAGGACCUCUGAAAUAACUGAAAUCAAGCCCUGUAGUAUAAUAUUUAUAUGAAUAAUUAUGGCUUUUUAAGAAAUGUUUUCAUAAAUACUAGUGACUUUAAUACAUGUGGAAUAUUGGUAACUCUGUUAAUUGUAUCAAAUAUUGUGUACAUGAUAAAAUAAAUUUCUGACCACACUAUA